AUGGUUUUUAGUUUGAAGUUGGGUUUGUGGAAGAAGAAGGUUCAGGAUUGUCCAUACUGGUUGGUUAAGGAAGAUAACGAGUGGAGCCCUUGGGUUCUUAUAGGUCUCAAUCUUGGAAGUGAGAGAUUUGAGUUGGUGCCAUAUCCUGAGAAUUUGGGAAAGCCAUUGCAUUUAAAUUUGGCAGUCUUGGGAGAAUGCCUUUGUUUGAUUUCAGGUCACGUCGUUGUUCGUACUAAUGCAAAGAAUCAUGUGUUAAAUCAUGUUGACAUAUGGGUGAUGAAGGAUUACGGAGUGAAGGAGUCUUGGAAAAAGUUGUUUUCAGUUGAGCAGUUAGAUGGUCGUCAACAUUUCAGUUUCUUGAGGCUAAUAGCAUAUUCAGUGACUGGUAAGGAAGUUCUUCUGGAAAUGGAUAAUAGGAAGUUCCUAUGGUAUAGUCUAGAAAAGAAGUACCUCAAACAUGCUAAGAUUAAUGGUGGAUUGGACUUUUUUGAAUCAUUUGUCAAUUUGGGAACCCUUGUCCCUUUAUAUGGGGGUGAAAAUGAGAAGGAUGAAAAGGAAAAGAUAGAACCAGAGAAAAAAGAUGGAGCCGGAAACAUUGAGGAAGAAGAUGUCUUGGUGAUAGAGGAAUUCAAGUUGGAACUUUAG